GAUUGGACAUCAUAACAUGACAGCCUGAGAUAACCAGCCAAUACCGUGAGCGUGCACGUUAUCCGCUACCCUCCCACGAGCACAACAGCAGUGGCAUGGAGCGCUUUCUCGCGCCCCAACAAUAGAGUGCGAGCAUCACCGGAGCAGGGUUAAUGACAAUUCCACCUCUAUCCACCCCGAGUUUCCCUUUGGAAAAAGGUGCCUGGGUUCCUCUCCGCCGCCGCCUCUUCCAGGAGGAGUACAUUUGAUAUCAGAGACAGGACAAUCAUGGAUCCGACCCGGGGAUUUAAAUGCUUGGACACGGUGGCACGCUCUGCUGUUCAGUGAGGAUGGGAAGAAAAUAAGAGGAAUUUAAUCAAACGUAUCAGGUAGAGGUGUCGCAGCAGAAGGAUGCCGCUGGUGAAGCGCACCAUCGAGCCCAGGCACCUGUGCCACACGGUGCUGCCAAGGAACAUCAAGAAUGAGCUGGAGUGUGUGACUAACAUCUCCUUGGCCAACGUCAUCCGCCAGCUUAGCAGCCUCAGUAAAUAUGCAGAGGACCUGUUUGGAGAGCUCUUCAAUGAGGCCCACACCUUCUCUUUCCGGGUCAACUCUCUGCAGGAGCGCGUGGACCGCCUCUCCAUCAGCGUCACACAGCUUGACCCCAAAGAAGAGGAAUUGUCUCUGCAGGACAUCACCAUGAGGAAGGCUUUCAGGAGUUCCACUAUUCAGGACCAGCAGCUGUUUGACCGCACAUCACUGCCCGUCCCGCUGCAGGAGACCUUCCAGACAUGCGAGCAGCCGCCACCCCUCAACAUCCUCACACCAUACAGGGACGAUGGAAAGGAAGGUCUGAAGUUCUACACCAAUCCGUCCUACUUCUUUGACCUGUGGAGAGAGAAAAUGCUGCAGGACACAGAGGACAAGAGGAAGGAGAGGCGGAAACAGAAGUUGCAGGACCCCCGCAUGUAUGACCAGGUCUACAGGUACUUAGAACUUCCAGGGCAGAUGAAGGCAAUAGACCGUCCUCAAGAGCCGGACAAGAUCCCGCGGGCACCUCACGAUCGUAAGAAGGAGUGGCAGAAGCUGGCGCUGGGUGCAGAGCUCGCCCAAGACAUACCUGAAGACAAACACAGGGAAGCCAACGGAUCUGCGGGCUACCACGACAACAGAGCUCCUCUGUACAUGGAACAUUUGGACGGGCCCUUCUCGCUGGCGGCGCUGCCCUACAGCCAAAUGAACGAGCUGCUGAACCGAACCGGGGACAGAAUGUAUUCGCGGCCCGAUGGCCCUCCACCUCCUCCACCUCUCAUGCACCAACUGGGAGAGAUCAAGCCUCCCUCUGUGAUCAGUUCUGGUUCAGGUUUCUCAGACAGCAGACCUCAGUCUCCAGCCCGGACAGCAGGCCACAACUCCAACACACCCCCUCCACCACCUCCUCCUCUUCCUCCUCCGCCUCCCCCGUUACCCUCCUCAGGCAUGCGAGGCACCCCUCCUCCCCCCAUCCCUCCUCUACCAGUCCAGCAGCAUCCUCCAGCCAUCCCGCCACCCCCUGCUCCUCUUCAGAUUGCCCCGGGUGUGCUACACCCAGCACCACCACCCGUGGCGCCUCCCCUCCACUCCUCCUCCCCGGCUCGUCACCAACAGAUGCUGGACAGAGGCCAGCCCACGGGCUCCGGGACUCAGUCAGACGGCACCAUCCUGCCUCCUCCACCACCUCCUCCUCCUCUGCCUCUCCCAGGAGCGAGGAGCUCCUCGCCCUGUCCGUCAGGCCCUCCACCUUUGCCAGCCUUCCCCUCAGCAGGAGCCAUGGCCUCCCCACCUCCCCACACCAUGCACGACGUGGGGUCAAAGAGGCAUCACCCAACCAAUCUGCCACCCAUCAGCGAUGCACGAAGUGUCCUGCUGGAAGCUAUCAGAAAAGGCAUACAGCUGCGAAAGGUGGAGGAACAGCGAGAGCAGGAGGCUAAGCACGAGCGUGUGGGGAACGACGUGGCCACCAUCCUGUCCCGCCGCAUCGCCGUGGAGUACUCCGACUCCGAGGAUGAGUCUGAGUUUGACGAAGGAGACUGGAUGGAGUGAUGGCGAUCAGGGAGAGAUAGAAAAAAAAAAUUCACGGUGUUGGAAGCAGAGGACAAACUCGUUCAGGUGCCCCACCCCCAUCGACUCUGCACUCCACACCUUGCCAUCAAAGACUCCUCUCUUUGCCGGGAAGAAGCGGAAACGUUGUCGUCGUCGCCCUCUUUCCCCCUCCUGUCGAGCUUUUUUUAUCUCUGUCUCGUUGUGGUUCGUUUUGGGAGGAGGAUCUCUACGUCGCCCUCGUCUGUCUCUCUAGUGUUUUGCAUUCAUUCUUUUCUGCACUACCACAUGACUUUGUUUUCUGCUGGAUUUCUUGUGAUGAAAUCCUCCAUGUUUACUGUUGCUAUACAUGAAAAAUAACUUUUUUGAAGAACCACUUGUUUUUGUUUCUUCUCUGUACGUCUAUGUGGAAAAAAAAAAGAAGGAAAACAAGAAAAUAGAAGAUGAAAAAAUGAAGGCAUGUUGCAUUUAUCCUUAGUUCUACAGCACCGUUUUGGCACCUAGUGGUUGAACAUGGCAUUGAACGAAUGCUGUUUUAUUUGAUCGUUUUUAUUCAACUUUUUCUGCUGAGACAUUUGCGGUUUUAACGGGCCAGUAGUUGCUGAUACUGACCUACAUGAACAGUCACUCCAGCUGGGUCACCUUUUUGUUUUCUUAUUUUACCACUUAGAACAAGCAAAAGAUUGUGUCAGUGUGUAUUGUGAUGAUUGCCGUAUGGUUGAAAAUGAAGAAGGGGAAGAAUAUGGCUGCCUCGCUCUUUUGUUUGCAUAUCCAUCCACGUACAUCAAACUUUAACCCGGGGAAAUGUAUGCCAAGAGAUUGAGCUCUUUUUUUUUUGUCUGUCCAGGUUCUGAUGCUCCAUCUUUUUCUCAUUCCUUUGCCACACAAAUGGACUCUGGUACUGAUUUAAUUCUGUAGCUGUACAUCAUAUUUCCUGCCUCUCUUUUUGUUCCUGAUGAAUAUUCAGUGCGCUGGGAGAAAAAAAAAAAUCUUUGAAUUUUAAAAAAAGGUACCCAGGAUGAUGAGAGUAUGACCAACAUCAGGUACGAACCACUCAACACCACUGACGGCAGCUCUUUCCUCAGAUGUGUUUUUACUUUGUACCCGCCCACUAACGAGGAGCCUUACCUCGUUAGCUUCAAUAGCUAACUGUCGUUCAAAAGAAUCCAUUCUGUGUGUUUCUGCCUUUCAAAGAGGAGGAUACAUUCUGCCUUGUUUUGGCUCAUUUCAGAGAAAAUGUCUGCCAUCGUUUUCUGUUCGUUCUCUUUCUUCUACUUGCCUUAUUGUUCCUACAAACGUAUCGUUGAGUUGAUGAAUGUAUUGUGCUGUUACUACUUACUUGCCUGCGCUUGUAUGGAUUUGCUGUUUCUAUGUUGGGGGGGGGGGGGGGGGGGGGUCAAAGGGACGGGGACAGAAACCCUGGUUUAAAAAAGAAAAAAAGAUUAGAUCAAAACUGUAUACCAUGUAACUUAUGUAACUGUUGACUGUAACAGUUUGCUUGAAUUAAUAAAAAUCUAAUGUUAUGUUUCAGCCCUAAAUACUA